AUGGACAAAGUGAACCGGCUUUUUGUGCUGUUUUUUGCCGUGUACAUCACAAUCAUUGUGUUUGCUGCCCUGCGGGUCAUAACGGCCGUAUUUCUCCGUGACACACUUGAUGCCGCUCGGAACGAUGACGAAGCCUUGAUCACGGAGCGGUUGCGAAGCAAGUCGAAAUAUUUGGAGAAAUUGGAAGAUGUUUUCGAAGCUAUUGAUUCAGCUCACAAUGGCACAAUCAGUGAGAAGCAGCUCGCAGAGAUUUUGGCGAUACCUAAAGCAGCCGCAUACUUCCAGACUUUGGAUGUGGAUGUUCUGGAAGGUGCUGCGCUGUUUCGAAUCCUGGACAACGGCGAUGGGAUAAUUACCCAUGCAGAGUUUGUGGACGGCAUCUUACGCUGCAAAGGCCCUGCUCGCGCCAUGGAGCAGGUGGCCAUGCGGAGCGAGCUCAGGCAAAUGGAUGCGAAAGUCACCAAGCUGAUCCGAGCACUGGAACGCGAUCCACGAGCCGUGCAUAUUUCGCGGUCGUCGGCUAGCAUGAUCGGCUUUAGAUAUCCUACGGCAUGCGUCGAAGGCUUUCUUACCUUGAUCGUGCGCUGCACCAAGGAUGGACCCGCCAUAGAGAGCCUGGAUGCACUGCUUGCCUGCUGCGAGCGGAAGCCAGCCGAGGCGACGGCGGUUUGUGAGCCGGCCAUCUCCUGGGAGGAGUUCUGCGCUGCUGAAGGCCUCGGCGGCCUCAGCGCGGCGCGUGCCAGGCGCAAGGCCAUCUCUUCCAUCAACCGCGGCCUUGCGCAAGAGACAGAGGAGGCUGACAAAGCAGAGCUGCAACAAAGGCUGGCGGCAGAGCAAGAGGCACGCACCCGCGAGCGGAGGGAGCUGGAGAACAGCCUUGAGAGCCUCGAAGCGCAGCUUGCCACAGCGCAGCGCCGUGCGGAGGAAGCCGAGGCGGCGGCACGUGCGGCGGCCACUGCAGUCACAGUGGCUCAGGACAAGGAGGAUGGCCGCCAGAAGGCCUUGCCACAAAACUCCACUUGCCAGCCUGCGCGGCCGGCGAACGGCCAACAGUGGCAAGACCCAUCGGCUUCAUCUGAGGCGGUCUUUGUGGCCUCUCUUCGUCGGCAGCGCCUCGUUGGGGAGGAUGGAAGUCGACUCGCAGAGGACCUGCCGGAGCAUGUCCGAGAAGGUGUACAGCGACUAUCGGACAGCCUUUGUGCUGCUGUGGAGCGGCUGGCAAAUGAUCUCUACGAGAGCGAGUGCCACUUUCUGUAUGAGAUUGUACAGAAUGCAGAAGAUGCGCACGCGAGGGCACGACCACAGGACUCCACAGAGCCCUGCCUGAGCCUCCGUCUCGGGGCUCCCUGCCCAUCCUUCCCGCACGGUUACUUCAUCAGCGAGAACAACGAGGCGGGUUUCACUGAGCGAGAUGUCACGGCUCUCUGCGACAUCUCUGCAUCGUCGAAGAAGAAGCCCUUGCCGGGAGCCGCCAGUGGAUCUAUCGGUUGCAAAGGCAUCGGCUUCAAGUCGGUCUUUACUGUUAGUGACCGCGCCCACGUUUUGUCCAAGGGCUUCACCUUCGUCUUUGACGUGCAGGGGCGCCUGGGAAAGCUAGGCUAUGUGACGCCGACCUGGCUUACGAGCUCAGAGCUUGCGACUUUGCCAGCGGAAGUGCAACGUGGACAUGCUCAAGGGAAAACAGUGCUGUUCCUUCCUCUUCGAAGCGCUGGGCUCGCGUCGGCCAUCAGCCAGGAGAUGGACGAGCUGGCGUCACAGGGCCGGGCUUCGCUGCUUUUUCUUCGGCGGCUGCGGUGCAUUGAACUUCUUGGCCAAGCGGCUUCCACCCCCAGGCUCCUCCGCAGUGGCGACCGAUCAGCCAGCGAGAUGACCCCCGAGCCGAUGGAAGUCAGAUCCUGCUCCGUCGUCAUUGAGCAGCACGAGCCGGCGCAAGAACACCAAGAACACAGAUAUCUAGUAUACCGCCACCUCGCCCCUGUCGCAUCUGGAUCUUUGCAAAGCAUGAAUGCAGAGCUUGUGCUAGCAUUUCCGGUGCUGGACGAGGCAGAGACAUGCAGUCGAUGCGAGCCCCUGUUCUGUUCCUUACCCAUCCGAAUGGUCGGAUUCGGGUUUGCUCUCCAUUGCGACUGCUUCGACUUGGUGGCAAAUCGCAGUGACUUGCACCGGGGCUCUCUGCCGAACCAAGUCGUUCGUGACGCCCUUCCCCAGGCCUUUGCCAGAGCCUGCCAAGCUUCCCCUGAAAUCUCGCGCCGAGCAUUGACGCUACUGGGUGAACCUGUGGCAGAUCCUUUUUGGAGAGUUUCCAGAGAGGGCAUCCUGGAGCAGCUCUCGGACGUCUCAUGCGUGCAGACCUCGACAGGAGAUUUCCGCCGACCCUGUGAGGUUCUUCUGCGCGGCCUCGGUGCUUUACGCCGUGCCUCCGACCUCUUCCCAGCCGCACUAAUAAGCCUCAGCUGCAAGAAGUCCCUGUGCGAGUCGAGCGACUCCAGCGAGGAGCGCCUCCUUCGAAGGCUUGGGGCCGAGGAUUUCGGGGCACGCCACAUUGCAGCCUGCCUCGCGUACAAGGGCGGCCAGUGGCCCGAAGGCUUUGUGGCCCAUGCCUGGGCAGACUCCAGCGGAACUGGACGGCGUAUCAUCGCCGAGCUGUACAACGUCCUUGGUGCUGUGGUUCGCCCAGCUGAUGGCAGUGAUGCCGGUGCCGAGGCCGUGGCACUCAUGCUGGAACUGCCCUCCUUGCCGCUCUUCCCACUCCUGAAAGAGACGGCAGCCGAGCCGGGAAGGCCAGAUGUGCAUACACCAGCUCGCCUAUGCGACGGAGCUGUCUUCCUGGGUCUUUGCGGAGAGCUCUCCGAGCGCUGGCAAAAAGUGUUGGCGACAGCGAAUGGCGCGCUGCGAUUGCUGCCACUGGAAAUUUCGUCUGCCUUGGACGGCCUGGGCUCACAACUGCUCUCAUCCCUGGGCGUGGAGCCGCCAGGAGCAGGCCGGCUGGCAGAGGCGGCCCUGGAGGUUUUAAUGAAAGCGGUCCCGGGCGCACGGCCUUCUCCACCAGCCAUCUAUGCGUCGUGGGCUGCUUUGGCGGUGUUGCGAGACCUCUGGGCCAAAGGAGACGAUAAAGGCACCGCAGCUGUCACCAACGCCCUGACCAGUCUUCGGGUUUGCGAGAGCAAGGAAGCUGCGGAAGCUCUGCUUACAACGAAAGCGCUGGGCAGCCUGCUUGUGGCGCCGGCUCUCUGCGGCGCACUGCGCCCUCCACCUUCCCUUCGCUGCAUGUCGGUUCUGGGUGUCUAUCGGCAGCUGCCGAGCGACCUGAUUGAGCGGAUCGAGGCCUUCCUGGGGGCAGAUUGUGGCGAGGAAGGUUCGCUGCUGGCCUGCCCGUCUUCCCGGUCACUCCAGCCGUGGCCUUUAGAAGAAGGCCAGGAUGAGGCCCAGCGAUGGCUGGAGGCAUUGAAGUGGGAGGCUUUCUUCGUGGACUGCCUAGGUGCGCAGCCUCGGAGACCUGCGGACCCUGCACAGGAGCGAGCUGCUCCAUUUCUGUCCCUGGAGAUGGGCAUCAAGAUCGGUGGAGAUGAUGUCCACAGUCUUUGGGGUUGUUUGCUGGACGAAAAGGCAACGUCGGAACCAGUGUUUCGUUAUGCUUGCCGGCGCCUGACUGACGCUACUGACCGGGCAUGGUUUUCUGAGCUUCCUGCACGUGCCACUCGCCGGGUUCGCGAGCUCUUCCUGCACUCGGAAUACUGGCCAGUGGCCGGCGCAGCGCUGAACGGCGUCUACCUCCGUCUGGCUCUACCGACGGGCCGAGGGUCUGAGCUGCGGCGUUGCCUUGCCGGGCUCGGGGCACGAGCUCAGCUGGAUGUCCCAGGCCUGACAGCAGCUUUGGAGGCGCUUCUCCGAGGACAGUGCCGGCUAGCUGAGACAUUUGCCCGUGUUUACACUGUGGUGGAUACCUUGGAGACUACGUCCGGUACAGGAAAGUCUCAUAGCGAGCAGACUGAGCAAUUGCUCCGCGCAUGCAUCUUCCACCCAGAAGAGGAGCGUGCAGUGAAGGCCGAGAGGUGUGUAUGGGAGCUGCCUCAGAAUGCCCUGGUGGCUCAGUGCUGUGAUCUUCUGGUCCUGGGCGAAGUGUACAAGGGUCACGGGGAGGUGCAGCUGAAGCGCUACUUUGCGGCACGGGGAGUUCCGACAGCUCCAGAUUCUGCAGAGGCGUACGUGAAAAUUCGGCAGAACCUCCUGCUUGCAGCUGAGGAGCUCGGCAAAGCUUGGCGCAGCGCGGAGGGCGAGCCGGAACUUGUCCAGGUGCCUCUGCCGGGAUCCACCAAAUCGGGCAUCUCGAAGAUGCGUGCCGGCGAUUUCUUGGCGCAGAUCUGGGAAGCAUUGCUGUUUGUGUAUCGAGGCAUGUCAGUCCUGGGUGAAGCAGAACGGCAUGCGCUGCAGCCUUUCUCAGAAGUUGAAGUGGCAGCAGUGAUGCCAUUGCCAUGCCCAGAGGGCGGGCCCCCACAAACCUCUUCGAUGUUGGAGGUAGCACGAUACCAUGAUGGGGCACUGUUCCGAAAGCUCUCUGUUUGUGAGUGCUUCUGGGAGGUAGCACCUGACUUGGCAGACUCGCCUGCUGCUGCAUGGGCCUUAAGCGGCGUGUAUCCUCCGGAGUUGAAGAACCUCUUCGUGGAGUCUUUGGGCGUACGUGAGGUUGUGGAUGGCGCAGCUUUGAGAGAAGGCAUCAUGCGACGCAUCAACUAUGGCAAGCGGAGCACUACACUCAGGGCAGGUGGCUUCGGCACGGGCCGCGAAGUGGAUCUUCGCCCUGGUGCUUCGGUCAACGAGCUCGGCUUGCCAGAGGAGCUCCUCCAAGGGCUUGGGGCGGCCGGUUCGGCACCGGAGGCAUCUGAAGGCGACGCUGUGGCUGCAGCUGCGGAGGCAGUGUCGCUGAUGCGCCGCCUCGGAUUUGCGCAGCGCGCUGCAUCAGAUGAUGAGGGGCAAGAUGGUGCCCUGGUCUCUCCGCCGCUACCUGCCCGUUCCGUGCGCUGUGCUGCACUGCCUGGCCGUCGGCUCCGACGAGCUGGCGAGGUUCGGGCACUCUGCGCUGCAUCUGGGAGGCGUUGCUCCGUCGCCAUCUUUGAAUCCGAGCCGCCAAGCGCACGCUUCGCUGCGCUCAGCGCCGAGGGCCGCUACGAAGCUUCUCCACGUGAGUUGGAACAACUGGCCGGCGUUCUUGUGAAUCUGGCCAAUGUUUUCGGCCUUGACACUCGCUGUGUGGCCAUUGUGCAGGGUGACAACAUCGGCCAUGGAGAGAAAGGCGACGGGAUGUUAGUUUGCUGGGGAGCUAGGCAUCGGAGAACUUUUCCGGCCUUGGUCGAAGCUUUGGGCACCCGCGCAGUUCAGACCCUGGAGUUCCAGUACACUGACGCUGAGAAGUUGGAAGCUGCGGUCAACGACCAUGCGAGGAAGGAGGCCAGUGCUUUCAGCAGUUUCCCGGAGGGAUGGACAGUGACAAGGAGUCAGGGUGGGACCGGGAUAGUCUGCGCGAGGGAGCGUAGGUGCAGCUCGGUCAUGCCGCCCCCGCACUGCGCCGCUCACGAUCCCGACGGGCGCGCAGGCGCUCUCCGUCCUCCGACUCCCGGCGUCGGAAACGCCGGCGGGGCUGAGGCGCUUGGGGUCACGGCCCGGCAUGCCCGCCACGCGAAAGAAAAAAAGGGGAACGGAACCAGCUCUGUUCUGUUCGAAGCAAGAUUGAAGUGUUUGAGCCUCAAAACUUGUCGAACACGCCAGGAGCCCAGUGCCAGGGCCUGGGCCUUUGCGGCGCUGCGCAUUGAAGAUGCAGAGCUCAUGCACAUCCUCGCGGGGAAGAUCUUCCAGAAGAUCAGGCUGUGCUCCUGCCGGGAUCUGGCAAGCAUCUCUUGGUCCUUUGCAAGGUUGCAUCUGGAGAGCCCGGAGCUGCUCGUCACCACGUCCAGUGCUGUGCAUGAUCGGGUGGCAGAGUUCGAAGUCAAGGGCCUGUCCAAUGCCAUUUGGGCCUUUGCUGUCCUGUCGACGCAGGAUGAGCCGGUCAUGUUCGAGCUCGCUGAAGCGGCGCUGCAAAAAAUUCGGCAGUGCCGCUCAGAAAGAUCCGCGAAAAUCGAGGAUCUGGCAACGGACCUGAACGGCUUGACCUGGGCCAUGGAGCGGGUCAGCUUUCUCUCAGAUACCUUCGCAGCAACCCUGCUGGACUUCAUGCAGCACCUCGGCCGUGCAAAGGACGCAGAAAUGGCUGGUCCGCAUCGACCCCCGCCCGCGAAGAUCGAGAGCGUUGGGCCGGAGGACCAUCCUGGCGAAGAUCCGUUGCUGCGCCUAGAUUUGCCCGACAUGUGCUGCGUGCACAAGCCGGCGGGAUGGGAGGUUGACAACGAGGAUGCAGGGGGCGGCCCCUGGAUGUCCUCCUGGCUCAUGCAGCAGUUUCCCUUUGACAGCGUGCCGAUAGUUCAUUACGAGGAACAUCAGUUCGGCUUGGUUCAGAGACUGGACAUCCCCAGCUCGGGCCUGAUCCUUGCUGGCAAGACCUGGGAGGGCUUCUACACGCUCAAGUUUCAGCUGCAGACGGGUCUCCUUGUCCGUGAAUAUGUGCAGCUCGUUCACGGCUGGGUGGCGCUGGACGGCAGAAUCAACGAGAAGUCUUUUGCCGCCAAUGCAUCGGCCACCACUCCGGCUCCGGGGCUUCUGCGAGUUGUGGCUCACCUCAGGCGACACAGCGAGGGCGAGGAGCAGAAAUUCAGCUUGGUCCUGCUGCAGAUUUUGUCCCAGAAACUUGGCAUAGAUCCCCGCGCGGUCGCCAUGGCAGACAGUCAGUGGACGAUCAAAGUAAAGAUUGUCAGUAUGGACAACGAGGCCAUCCAUGGAAAGAAGGGAACUAAGUGGAAGGCCGGUGAUGACCUCACGUUGCAGAUUGAGGGUCACGCGACGGUCAACAUGUUGAAACAGCGAAUUGCUUUGAUCGUGAUGGCGCACCCGAAAUUUCAGGCUGUGUCGUUCAACGGCAGCGAGCCAUUGGACGAGGUCACGAAACUGCAGGAUAUCGAAGGCAUGGCAAGUGGAAAGACCAUGGAGCUCGUAGUCGCAGUGCCUCCCGAGCCGGAGGCGCCGCCAGUGGUGCUGUCAGACGAUGAGGAGGUUGCGAUGACUGUCGAGGAGGAGCCGUUGCCAGAGCAGCCCGCUGCAGACCUCAUCACCAAGGAGCUGGGCGAUGCCGAGGCCGACAAGCAGGGCGAGUUGAAAAGCCAGGCCGCGGACGCACUGGAAGAUGGCGAUGUAAAAACGGCCGUUGCCAAGUUCACCGAGGCGAUGAUGCUGGGCGGAGUCUCGGCCAUGAUGGUCGCAAAGCGAGCAGAAAUGCUGCUGAGACUUGACUUCACCGCAUACAGCCGAAGCCCUUAA